GAUAGAGAUUGCACUUCCAAGCUAACAUGAGACUGAUUAAAUUUUUAAGAUGACUGUGUUCUUUAUUGCGAAAUUGAUUAAGCUAAAAUGAGGCUUCUCUUUUACGAGUUAUUGUUCAUAUUGUUGAAUAUGGUGUUAUGUGAAGAGUCUGAGGUAAUAACUGCAGGUGAAGCGGCAGGCAUCGACUAUUCAGACCUGGCGGGCGAGGCGGAGAGGCACAAACACGACUUAUUAAACUUCCUGAAUCAAACUCGUGUUCAAGAGCAGUACAAAUUGAUGUACAAGUGUUUGCUUGCCGAGCUGCUGGGAACAGAGCACCCUCAUCGGAGAGGAUCGACCCGUCGGAUAGUGUCUGGUCGGAACACCUCCAUAGCGGCGGUGCCGUGGCAGGUGUCACUCCGAGAGAAGACCUACCCCAUCUGCGGGGGAUCCGUAGUCACAGACCUGUGGCUGCUAACCGCUGCUCAUUGCCUGCUAAGAGCUCGUUCCAGUGACCUGAGCGUUAGACUUGGCUCGUCAUGGAAGACGCACGGUGGCGAGAUGUAUGACGUGAAGGAGUGUGUGGUGCAUCCACGCUACGUCAGCAAGACGAAGGUCAACGACGUGGGGCUGGUGCGGCUGUACUCGCCGCUAAGGUUCUCGGGUCGGGUGCUGCCCAUCAAGCUGGUGGCUAGAGAGGCGAGGCUACCCGCAGAUGUGCCAGCUAUAGUCUCCGGGUGGGGGAAACUAAGGGAAAACGGUCCCAGUGCGACGUUCCUGCAAUCUUCCACCAUAAAGACUAUAGCGAUGAAACUGUGCAAGCGCUCCGGGCUGGACCGCAGAGCUAUAGACCCACCCUCGAUGUUCUGCGCUGGCUCAUUCGCUCAACCUUCGCCCGAUGCUUGUCAGGGCGACAGCGGCGGGCCUAUAGUAAGCGACGGCGUGCUGAUCGGCGUGGUGUCGUGGGGUCUGGGCUGCGCGCGCGGCAACUUCCCCGGGGUGUACACUCGCCUCGCGCACCACGUCGUAUGGGACUGGGUGCAGCAACACAUUGCGCAGAGGGCCUACAACGUUUCAGACAAAAUAUAACCUUCCUCUUUUUCGAGGGGAGAUAAUAUAGUUAGUGUGUGAUUCAAACUUAAUGGCGGUGCUGUAAAGAUGAAGCGAGUACAUUAUGCAACUACGAGUAUGUGCAUACAGUGUGAGCUUGUGGCGGCUUUAGAAAGAUAUAAAUAAGCCUUUUAUUUAUAUCAUCAUCAUCAGCCUAUUAAUGUUUCCACUGCUGGGGCACAGGCUGGGGGCAGGAUGGAUGGAAUAGGGAGAUUGGGC